AGCACCUGAUAGAGGGAGAUACAGCAGAAUGGAGACGAAGGGGCCGCAAGAACCUCAGCCUCGCCGUAACCUCAGAGCCGAUCACGAGUCCCUGCAGCCGCAGCCUGGUGAUGCCAGGAACAACAAGGGGGGAUGGAUCACCUUCCCCUUCCUCGCCGUGGCGAUGCUCGGGCUUGGAGUGGCGAGGGGCGGCGCGACAAGCAACUUCGUCGUCUACCUCGUCAAGAAGUACAACGUGCCGCGCGUCGACGCGGUGCAGAUCUCCAGCAUCGCCCUCGGAUGCCUCAGCUUGGCCCCCGUCGGCGGCGCUAUCGUCGCCGACGCCUUCUUCGGCUGCUACCCCGUCGUCGCCGUGUCCAUGGUCUUCUCUGUCCUGGCCUUGGUCAUGUUCACUCUCACGGCGAGCCUGCACGGCCUCCGUCCGGUGCCGUGCCAGCCGGGCGCCGGCGGCGACGCGUGCGAGCCGGCGUCGACGGGGCAGAUGGCGGCGCUGUACGCGGCGGUGUUCAUGCUGUGCGUCAGCGCGGGGGGCGCCCGGUUCAACCAAGCGACCCUGGGCGCGAGCCAGUUCGACGCCGCCGCGGACCGCGACGUGCUCUUCAACUGGUACUUCGUCUUCUUCUACGCCUCCUCCGUGGUCGGCUCGACCGCCAUCGUCUACGUCCAGGACAACGUGUCGUGGGCGCUCGGCUACGCCAUCUCCGGCGCCGCCAGCCUGGCGGGGGUCGCCGCGCUGCUCGCCGGCACGCCCUACUACCGCCGGCCAGGCGCGCAGGGGAGCCCGUUCACGGCGCUCGCGAGGGUCGCCGUCGCCGCCGCCAGGAAAUGGAAAGUCAACUUGGCGACGACGUCAGAGGAGCUGAGGUUUUACCACGGGCGACGAUGCAGCAGUGCCAGUGACAAGGACGGCGACGUCAGCGACGCUACUAGCCUUGCUGCUCCAAGCGACAGCUUCAGCUUCCUGAACCGCGCGGCACUGCUCACCGACGGCGAUGUCACUCCGGCGGAUGGGUCCGUGGUCCGGCCGUGGCGCAUCUGCACGGUGCGGGAGGUGGAGGACUUCAAGGCCGUGGUCCGCAUCCUGCCGCUGUGGAGCUCGUCCAUCGUCCUCAGCGUCGCGUUCGGCACGCAGAUCAACUUCACCGUCCUGCAGGCGCUCGCCAUGGACCGCGCCCUCGGCGGCUUCACCGUGCCGGCGGGCUCCAUGACCGUCGUCAUCCUCGUCUCCAUCGUCGCCUCCCUCAUCCUCCUCGACCGCGCGCUCCUCCCGCUCUGGCGGCGGCUCACGGGGCACACGCCGACGCCGCUGCAGCGCAUCGGCGCGGGCCACGUGCUCGCCGUCCUCAGCCUCGCCGCGUGCGCCGUCGUCGAGCGCCGCCGCAUGGCCACCGUGCGCGCGCACGGCGCGGAGGGCCAGCCGGCGUGGGUGUCGCCGCUGUCGGUGACUUGGCUAGUCCUGCCGCUCGCGCUGGCCGGCGCCGGCGAGGCGCUGUACUUCCCCGGCGGCGUGACGCUGUACUACGAGGAGUUCCCGCCGCCGCUCAGGAACACGUCCACGGGGAUGGUCGCCGUGGUCAUCGCGCUCGGUUUCUACCUGAGCGCCGCCCUCGUCGGCGUCGUCCGGCGCGCCACGGCGUGGCUGCCCAACAACAUGAACGCGUCCAGGCUGGAGAACAUCUACUGGUUGCUCGCCGUGAUGGCGACCGUCAACUUCGGGUACUACUUGUUAUGUGCCAAACUGUACAAAUACCAAAAUGUUGGCAAGUAGCUCCAAGUGUGCACAGCGUACUGAACAAAUGUGCUCUGUUCUUUGCUGAAGUGG